GUACGACACAAUUGACGCAGUCCACUUUGAUCAGAACUUCAGCUUCAAAGCAACACACAACUUCUAAAUAACAGUGAUCGAAAUCCUUUGUCGAAAAGAAAGAGAUAUCCUGUUCGAAGUUGAGUUUCUAUUGGUACGGUACGCCAUGACAUCCUUUCUAGAGUCGCACAAGGACUUUGUGCUCAAGCUCAAGUUCCUGGGAGAGCAGAAUGAGGUUGCCGAGAUUCGUAGAGUGAGGCUCCCCAGGAUCAUCAAGGACGCUACCGUGUCCUAUGAAGAGCUGGUAGGCAUUGCGAUUUCGUUUGUUAUCCCCAAGAAUCCGUCGAAUGCUUCCGAUUUUGAAGUGAAAUUGACCUAUCAAGAUGUCGAUGACGACACUGUGGUGAUUGGCAGCUCGGAAGAGCUCAUGGACGCGAUUGAGCAGUUUUCGGAGCAGCGCGUCCUUAGGGUCACUGCCCACGUCAAGCGCUUUGCCAAGGCCGCAACAACAACAACAACAACUACUGCGGUGGAUCCUCCUCUGAGUCGUGCACCUUCGGAAUCCACCACCCGCAGCGAAGCCGCAGCGCAGACGGGAAAUGAUGAGGAAGCCCCCCGACCAUCCACUACGACACCGCCUGCCCAAACUCCCGUCCUGACAAAGGCCGUGGAAUCUGUUGUUAACAUCAUCUUGAAUGCUGCUGUGGCCCUUAACAGCCGUGGAGGACAGGAAGCUUCUUCGAAUCCCACCGUCUAUUAUUCCCCGGAUGGAGUUCCGGCUCCCGCUGCUGAAGAGGUCCCCAGCGAGGAACCUGCUCCUUCUCCAGAACCAGCGGCCAGUGUCGUAACGGAAAGUGAAAAAGAAGAGCCCGCUGCCAAGCCUAAGGGAGCUGACAAGGAACCCACACCUGCCGUCAAAGAAGUAGAGCCCAAGAAAGAAGCAGCCAAGAAGGAGGAUAAGAAGCCCGCGGCGGAGGAGCGUCCUUUCAUCCAUGGUCGUCACACUUGCGACAGCUGUUUGACCACACCCAUUGUUGGCAAGAGAUACCACGCUGUCGAUAUGAGCGACUAUGAUUUGUGCGCCAAGUGCUUCUCUAACUAUUCCGGCACGGAAAUUACUUUUGAAGCUGUAGAGCUGGAACGCGACCGCCACUUGCAGACUCGCUGGAACCGCCGCCGUGACCGAAUGAACAAUGCCAAGGGCCGCGGCGGAAACAAUAAGCGUCGUUUUGGGCCUCGUUUUGGACCGGAGGGACAGCACCACAAGCGCUGGGGACCCCCAGCUCACCAUCCGCCUCGUGGACCACCGCCACCUUUCAUGGGACCUCCAGGACCAAGCCCGCCUGGUCCCUGUCCACCCCCGCCUAGGCCACCUCCACACGGAACUUUUCCACCACCACCAGGACCACCGCCGCCAGUUCCUGGGUGUCUCAUGCCACCUCCACCACCGCCGGUGCCUGGGUUCCCACCACCGCCUCCACCACCACCAGUUGCGGCGAUGCCACCACCGCCAGGACCACCCUUGCCGUGGUACUCGUUGGCAGCACCCAGAAACAACGAGGCAAAAGAGGGUGACCUGGAAAAGGCCAUUCGCUUGAGCUUGGAAGAAGCCCAGAAGAAGAAAGCUCCACCCGCGCCACCUGCUGCUCCAGCCGUCAAGGAAGAGCCUCCAAAGAAGAAGGCCCCGCCUGCUGUUGUGGAAGAUGAUAUCAAUUCCGAGGACAAGUCUUCUUAUGUCGAAGAACAAGUUGAGACUGCCUCGGUCAAGACGAACACCACUGAAAAAUCGGCCGCAAAAGCUCCCGAGCCUGACAUUGUAGUGGAACCAGUGCUCGUGGAGACGGUCAAGGACGUGGAAGAAGAAGAGGAGAUCGAGAUUCCCGCGACUGCCCCCCAGCCAUCAGCUCCCAUGGAAGAGGAAGUUGCUUCUGUCGUCUCCGACCCUUUUGAAGUGCACAUGCCGUCUGGAAGCUCGGUUAUUUCGGAAAUUGAGAGUGACGGAUCUCAUCAUUCAUCUCAGGCCAAAGAGGAAAGCAGCAGCGAGCCUUCUUUCUCCUUGGACGCGGCUGGAAAUGGCGACGUUGCGGAUUUGUUGGGCUCGACCUUGGAUGCUUGUGCUCAAGCCAUUGAUGCGAUGGUGACGGAACUGUCUCGGGAGUCUUCGUCCGACUCGUCCCCGUCUGCGAACAGUACCUAUGUGGCUGUUCAGGAGGACCAAGAAGCCGCAGCAGCCGAAGGAGCUACCAUCUUGGAGUCUAUUGGAUCUCCUCGCGUCGAAGAGAACGACGUACAGUCCGAGUCUGGAAGGAGCGAGGAAGAUUGGCAAGUUGUGUCUGAAGACCAGCAGGUCAGCGGUGACGAAGAGCUCGCUCGUGCUGCCCAGAUGAUUGGCUCGGCCCUUUUUAACAGUGACAUGAGAAGCUCUCAAGAACUGCUCUCGACACUGUCUGGGUCUGCUUCGGAUGCCAUGUCUUAUGCGUCUUCAGUUCCCACGUCUGUCCCUUCCAUUGCGCAUUCUACCGUCACCACGGGACAGCGAGAGCGCUGGGCUUCCCAGUUGGCUAAACUUCGUACUAUGGGAAUUGAUGACGACGCGAAAUGUGUUGAGAUCUUGGAACGCCUGACCGCUGCAAACAUUGGAUGCGGCAGUGAUGACGAAGUUUCCGUAGAAGCUGUGUUGGACCAACUUUACAAGAAUUAAGAGAUAUGAAAAAGGAAUAGAUAAGAAAAAGAAGUGUGUCCCGAUGAAGUUUUGUCUGUUUCUGUGGAACUCAAGCAAAGGAACUGUUGAGAUGAUGGCGCGGGAGAUGUUGCUUGAAGCCACCUUUAAAAGUUAACUCAAAAGAUAAGAUGGUUUGGCAGUG